CAUCGCAGUCUUACUUUUUAAGCUAAUCGAUGUGAGACCUUUUUUUUGUUGAUAUUUGUCUACCUGUUACAUACACCUGUAUGUACUCACACACUCUUUCGUGGCUUUGAUUUUGUUUUUGCUACCUCAUCUAUGAAUGAGAUAAAGAAGAAACGGCCGAAAAAUACGGGUUUUCGUCAAUUCCUUUUUGAACUUAUAUCAUUUUAUGAUGCCCGGCUUCGGCUUCAAGAGAGAGAUUAAACCGGCUGUACGCGUCGUUUAAUCGUACGUUGAACGCCGACCGGGAAAGAUGGGCUUCGUAGCGCGGUUUGCCAUUGCCGGAACGGCCCUUCUGCUGGGAUUGUUCCUUAAACAGUGCCGUGAGCUUACACGGGAAUUGCCGGUUCCGGCACUCGACACUCGCGAGUUCUGGGGCCCAGGAAGUCGAGACAAGUACGACGAGAGCAUCAAGGUGAUGCCGUUUGAGUUGGCGUAUGGCAAGGAGGUAAUUGAUGAACUUAAAGCUAAGCUGGACAAGGUGCCGAAUCUUCCUGAACCACUGGAGGGAAGCAACUUCGAGUACGGGUUCAACAGUAAGCGAUUGCACGAGAUUUUGAAGUACUGGCGAUCGGAUUAUCUGGAACGAUGGGAUGAACGGCAAAAGUUCUUGAACCAGUUUCCGCAGUUCAAGACGCAAAUUCAAGGGCUGGACAUUCAUUUCAUUCAUGUGAAACCAGCAGUGAGAAAUCCUAAAAGGAUCCUCCCGUUGAUCCUGCUGCACGGAUGGCCAGGAUCGGUGCGAGAGUUCUACGAGAUGAUCCCCAAGUUGACGACCCGCAGCGACGAGAAGGAGUACGUGUUCGAAGUGAUCGUUCCAAGUUUGCCGGGCUACGGGUUCAGCCAAGCCGCCGCGAAGCAAGGUCUAAGUCCAGCCAAGAUAGCUGUUAUCAUGAGAAACCUGAUGGCUCGCCUCGGGUUCAGCAAGUACUACGUGCACGGUGGAGAUUGGGGCUCAAUCGUUGCUAAUCUUAUGGCUACUUUCUUCCAGAGUGAAGUUUUGGGUGUUCACUCGACGAUGUGCAUGAACAACGCUCCGAUUGGACAGCUGAAGAACGUAAUCGGCAGCCUUGCGCCAACCUUUGUGGUAGAUCCCGAGCACGUCGACUACUACUUCCCAUUUCUCGAUCGGAUGAAGCUACUUCUCGAAGAAACCGGCUACAUGCACAUUCAAGCUACCAAACCGGACACGAUCGGUGCUGCUCUUACGGGAAAUCCCGUCGGCCUAGCCGCCUAUAUCCUGGAAAAAUUCUCAACCUGGACCAACCCAACCUACCGGUACCUCCCCGAUGGCGGUCUUGAGAAGUACUUCUCCCUGGACGCCCUCCUCGACAACAUCAUGAUCUACUACCUAACCGAUACGAUCACGACCUCCCAACGGCUGUACUCGGAGGCGUUCAAUAUCCGCGAACUGAGCAAAGACUACGAUCGUACGCCGACGAAGGUUCCCGCAGCGUGUUGCAAGUUCCGGUACGAGUUGUUCCAGCAGACGGAUUGGGCCCUGAAGGAUCACCUGCAAAAUCUGAUCCAAAGCAAUCAUUAUCCAGACGGGGGUCACUUUGGAGCGCUUCAGCUGCCGGAUGUACUGUACGCGGACAUUGUUCAAUUUGUGAAUCGAUUGUAUCGGCGGGAGGAUCAAUAAAGAAUGAACGGAUUGAUUGAACAGUUUA